CUCUCCCAUCUCGUCUCUCUCAUCGGACUUGACCUGAUUUGGUUACAUUGUCUAUCUGACUUUGUACUUUGACUUCAUCUCACUUCCAUACACCACAUCAAACCCGCAACAGACCUUCUUUACCACCUUCCGGUGAGUUCGUAUUCCCUUCCUGCAUCCCUCUUUGUCGGCUCUCUUGAAACACAGCCACUGACGUCUGGUUUCUGUGUCAUCACUUCAUGUGCUCCUCCACAUCCACUCCGGUCACUCUACUCCUGAUACCUAGUCUUCAACACUCUAUCACUACCCAUCAUGGCUUUGAAGCGCAUCAACAAGGAGCUGAUUGAUCUCGGACGAGAUCCGCCAUCGUCAUGCUCUGCUGGACCUAUCGGAGACAAUUUGUUCCAAUGGCAAGCUACAAUCAUGGGACCGAGUGACUCACCGUACUCUGGUGGUGUCUUCUUCUUGUCAUUGACGUUCCCUACCGACUACCCAUUCAAGCCGCCCAAGGUUUCCUUCACCACCAAAAUCUACCACCCCAAUAUCAACGCGAACGGUUCUAUCUGUCUCGACAUUCUGCGAGAUCAGUGGUCACCCGCUUUGACCAUCUCAAAGGUGCUUCUGUCCAUAUGCUCCAUGUUGACAGACCCGAACCCUGAUGAUCCAUUGGUACCGGAGAUUGCGCAUACGUACAAGACAGACAGGCCAAGGUACGAAGCUACAGCGAGGGAGUGGACGAGGAAGUAUGCGACCUAGAAUUGAAAUUCACUCGUGGCCGCUUUCAUACAUUGCCUUUCAUGUGUCAUGACAUCGUAUCCUCUUACUGCUUCAGGGGUGUCCAAUCAUCAUGCGUCGAUUCAUCCUCCUCUGUCAGUCCGAUUGCAUGGUUUCCUAUUCGAC